AUGGCUAGUUGCCGUUGUGUCCAAUUUAAUUCUACUGGUAUCUUUCAAUCACCGGAUUUUCCAAAAGCUCCAUUAUCAUCAAUACUGCCUCAAUCAUCGCUGUUUCCAUUUUUAUGUUUCCUGUAUAAAUUUAUAGCUCCUAAUGGAUACAUUAUUGAAGUGACCUUUGAUUACUUUCAUCUUUCAUCACGAAUUGACCGGCUAUUUGAUAAUUCAUCGAAUGGAUUAAUCAAUGAGCGGACCGCUUAUAGCGGUGAAUUCUGUGCCAAAGAGAUUGAAGUUGGACAAACAUUCUACUCCUAUACGAAAUAUUUCAUAUUUCAUGUGCAAUUAUCUGCAACCUCUAAAGGUUUUCAUGGUACUUACAAUUUUGUCCCUAAAGAACGAUUCCUUUCGGAUGCCAUUGAAAUAGAACCAUGUCAUUUUCGUGUUGACACUUUAGCUGGUAAUUUAUUCUCACCUAACUAUCCAUAUUUUUAUCCUACCACCGCCAAUUGUACUUACUAUUUGGCACCUCAUCGAGAGUUCAACCUGAUCAUUUCCUUGGAAUAUCUAAAUUUAAGACGUUAUGCUUGCCAUGAAGACUUCAUCGACAUCUAUCAGAUGCAUCCAAAGAUUCAUCUUGAAAAACUCUGCUAUGAUUCAAUGCCACCAUAUCAAAUUCAAACAAGGCGUGGAUAUAUCAUUGAAUUUCACGGUGGUGACAACGACGUAGUAAAAGCUCGUGGUUUUCAUAUUUCAUUCAAAUAUUUGUCACAAAAGAAUAUACCAGAUGGAAGCAACAGUCGGUCGGUUAAUGAUAAUAUUCCACACUUCGCUUACUCAUCAUUUUCCUUAUCUUCCUCUCAUCCUUCUAUGUUUUCCUCAGCUAUCAUCGAUGUUCAAAGUAAUGAAAUUGGUUUAAGAAAACAUUGUCCAGUGAAAAUCACUUCACCUUCAGUAGUUGUUAACGAUUCACCUUUGUCGAGCAGUAUCUCAGGUAUUCUCAAUUCAACACAGUACGUGGAUAGUGAUGAUCCGUUCAAAUGUCAAUUUGUAUUUAUGGGUAGUGGUAUUGAAAGAGUUCAAAUUACCUUCCUCUAUUUCAAUUUAUACGCACGAAUGCCCAAUUUGAAUAAUAUUACCAAUAGAUGCGAUGAAAUGGAUCAUUUAUCAGCUCAUGUAUUAAUUGGUACCCGCAUGUCUCGAAUCGAAGAUUUCUGUGGUAGUGAAAUACCUCCUCGAUUGAUGUCUACCAAAAAUCUAUUAACUUUGGAUUAUGUUGUUCGAUCUACUCGAGCAAUGAGACAAAUGAUGACCAAUGCGGAAAAAUUUGGAUUUGUAUUAAAGUAUCUUUUUCGAACUGAUCUGGGUCUAUCAGAAAUGAAUGCCGAAGUAAGAAAUGAUUUGACACAAAGUAAAAAUUAUCAUGUUGACAGUUCAGAGAACCGCUUAAUAGUUGAAUAUCGUUUCUUGAGCUACCGAUUGCCACAUCAAGCUUGCCAUUAUGAGUUUAAUUCAUCUCGGCGCAGCUCAGGUGAUAUUUUCUCUCCCAAUCAUCCAGGAUAUUAUCCUCGCAAUAUUGAUUGCCAUUACAUAUUUCAUGGAACUGAGAAACAGGUCGUUGCUAUACAUUUUGAAUAUUUUGAUGUGGAAGGAUUAUCCACGUGCGAUGAUAGUACGCAUAGUGAUUAUGUACUAUUUAGCAACUAUCAAACUCAAGAUCGUACCAAUCGUCGCUACUGCGGACAGAUUUGUCCAAGAGAUUCAAUUGUUAGUGAAUCAAAUUAUUUCCGGAUGUUGUUUCGCUCAAAUGAUAUCUUUGAUGCUACUGGCUUCUAUGCUCAUUAUCAAUUUAUUACAGAACAAGCGUCACAAAUCAACCGCGUGAAAGUGACCACUAAUGGAUGUUCGUUUGCAAGAUUACCACUAACUUGGUCAGCAGUGCUGCUGCUAUCUUCACAGAUGGACCUCAUGAUUCCAUAA